AUGGAAGUCAGUCAUUGCCCUCCGAUCGUUGGAACUCACAUAGCAAUGCGAAAACGUCUUGACCGCGGUUCCUUUCCAGGAGUAAAUAUGGAAUUAUCUGUAUAUUCAAGUGUAACCACUGAUAGCUUGAAAGAGCUUUGGCAUUCGUUCGAGCGAGCAUGCAUGGAGUCUCUCACCGAGCCGCCGAUAGACAUCGUCGAUAGACUGGCUGCUACACUAGAAGACGCGAUAUCCUGGCUACGCUCCCAGAGUACCCGGGCUUAUUCGCCGCGACACAGAGGCUCCAGUGACUGGCAAGCCCCAAAGAUGAGCUUGUCCGAGCUGCCUACGUUGUGUGAGGUAAUGACCCAGAGAUUGUUAAACAUAGUAUCACCUGAAAACACUUUCACUGAGAAAGACACAGAAAUAACUUAUCUCAACCUCAGCCGGGUCGCAUCCUUUGCCAGCCGGAUCACCUUUAACCCGACCGUACACAGGCUCCAUAGAUGA